CCUAGGGUAGGGAGGAGUUAUGGCACGUGACGUCAGCAACAGCGCCACCAUUCCUGGUGAGGUUCUCGCGUCUGGCUGCUUGUAUCUUUCAGCGCUGCUGCAGAACUCCAGAAUCUACGGCAAAUACAACUCAGUAAAAAUGAAUGUCCAGCACGAAGUAUCCCUCCUUGUCGAGGAGAUCCAGCGUCUUGGCAGCAAAAAUGCGGAUGGAAAGACAAGCGUAAAGUUUGGGGUGCUGUUCAGCGAUGACAGGUGUGCCAACAUCUUUGAGGCACUGGUCGGAACACUGAGGGCAGCCAAGAGGAAGAAAAUUGUUACUUUUGAGGGAGAGCUACUCCUCCAAGGUGUCCACGACAAUGUGGAUGUCAUUCUUCUGCAAGAAUGAUACACGGUUGUGUUUCAGUGUUUGCAUGUGCUUAUGUGUCGGAGUGUGUCAGUAUGAACCCUGUUGGGAGGCGUUGGUAUUUCAGAUACCGGGGGUAACAUAUGUCAGUCUGCGUUUUAAUACACUUUCAGGACUUUAAAUGUACAGGUUCAGAAUGUAACAUUUUGUAUACCACAGACAAAACAUUGGAAUAUGGCUUUUUUCAUAAUGUUGAAAGUAUUUUAUAGAAAUGAAAUUCAAACACUCCUACGGUGUUUCAAAUCUGACGCCUCCUUUGUGAAUCUUGUAAGUUAAGAUAAUGUCACCAAAAUGAUUCCAUGCAUUGUUUACAUAGUUGUUUUGCUACCUCUUGUAGACUUUGUAUGCCAUUCUAAGACUUAAAUGACUUUUAAAUAGGAUAACAAAGAUUUCAAGUGUUUCCAUUAAAGCUUUUUGCACAUGUUCAUUUUAGAUUGAGUCCGGUAGAUUGAGACCGGUACUCAAAGUUUGAGUACCGGUCGCUUUAUAUCAGAGCAAGAAUGUAUUUUUCUCAAAUUUACCAUACAAACCUUUGCCUUCGGACAAAGCAGGGAGGAUUAAGCCAAUGGGUUUUUCUGUGCAAUCUUUAGCGGUAUUAAAAGACAAAGAUUUGUGCCAAAUAACCAAUGUUGGUUUUGCUUUGGUUCUGCUCAGGGCUUAAUUAACACGACCAAACUGUGUUACUAACCUGUGCUUUAAAAAAGGGAGGGGGGGGGGGGUAGUCUGUGGCCUGUGUACAACCCUUUUUUCUUCUGUCCAGUCCAGUUAGGUUAUUUUUCUGUAAUUCCAGAUAAUGUAGCCAUUUGUUCCCAAAGACAUAAAACUUGUACUUGAAUGUAUUUAAGUUAAAAAGUUAUGUCAUUGUCGGUUUUCUGGAUCCACUCUGUUGACCUUCUAGGUAAAGCAGGGCUGGGAUCAGUUCAGUUUUUUAUUUUGCUAUUUGGAUGGAAUUUUAAUGUAAUUGAUUGUAACUGCAAAUUCUGAUGGUGAACUGAUCACAGUUUAUGGGCCAACAACAACCUGAUCAUACAAGGUGUUUUGCUGUCACAGUUUGCAUACAUGUAAAACUUGAUAUGGUAAGCAAUAGUAAUUGGGCAAGCAAGUGCCGUGCAAGACAAACCACAAAUGUAACAAGGUUCUGCACUGUUCAUGAUAUAACACCAUGCCUGCCUGUCUUACCUGACUUGGCCAAGGUAAAGCUGAAAGUCCAUCAUUGUGUUUUAGUGGCAAUAAUAAUGGCAAGCAAAAAAUAAACCAGAACCCUAACACCUUAA